GCUACAGAAGACGGCAGUCUCCUAGAUUGAGGCCUAGAAAAGAACAGGCCGUCGAACACAGCACCAUGAUGGAGGGAGGCAUGCAGCUUUUGAACCGGGAUGGCCACAGCAUUUCGCAUAACUCCAAGCGUCACUACCACGAUUCCUUUGUAUCCAUGAACAGGAUGCGGCAACGUGGCCUACUGUGCGACAUCGUGCUGCAUGUGUCAAACAAAGAAAUCAAGGCACACAAGGUGGUGCUGGCCUCUUGCAGCCCCUACUUCCAUGCCAUGUUCACAAAUGAGAUGUCAGAGAGUCGUCAAACCCAUGUGACACUGCACGACAUCGACCCUCAGGCUCUGGAGCAGCUGGUGCAAUAUGCCUACACAGCUGAGAUUGUGGUGGGGGAAGGCAACGUGCAGACGUUGCUGCCCGCGGCCAGUCUUCUCCAGCUCAACGGAGUGAGAGAUGCCUGCUGCAAGUUCCUCCUCAGCCAGCUGGACCCUUCCAACUGCCUGGGCAUCCGGGGUUUCGCCGACACACACUCCUGCAGCGACCUGCUCAAGUCCGCCCACAAAUACGUCCUCCAACACUUUGUGGAGGUUUCCAAGACUGAGGAGUUCAUGCUGCUUCCACUGAAACAGGUGCUGGACCUGAUCUCCAGUGACAAUCUGAACGUGGCGUCGGAGGAGGAGGUAUACCGGGCGGUGCUGUGCUGGGUCAAACAUGAUACUGAUGGGCGGAGGCAGCAUGUACCAAGGCUAAUGAAGUGUGUCCGUUUACCCCUGCUGACGCGAGACUUCCUGAUGAGUAACGUGGACACGGAGCUGUUGGUAAGACAUCAUUCAGAAUGUAAGGACCUGCUGAUCGAGGCGCUCAAGUACCACCUGAUGCCCGAGCAGAGGGGCGUCCUGAGCAACAGCCGGACACGCCCGCGCCGCUGUGAGGGGGCAAGCCCUGUGCUCUUCGCUGUGGGUGGGGGCAGUCUUUUUGCCAUUCAUGGAGACUGUGAGGCCUACGACACACGGACAGACCGCUGGCACAUGGUGGCAUCCAUGUCAACACGGCGGGCACGGGUUGGCGUCGCUGCCAUUGGCAACAAGCUCUAUGCUGUUGGCGGGUAUGACGGUACCUCGGAUUUAGCCACCGUUGAGUCAUACGACCCCGUCACCAACGCGUGGCAACCAGAAGUCUCCAUGGGAACCAGGCGUAGCUGUCUGGGCGUGGCAGUUCUCCAUGGGCUGUUGUAUGCAGCAGGAGGUUAUGAUGGAGCAUCAUGUCUGAACAGUGCUGAGAGAUAUGAUCCACUGACCAGCACGUGGACUUCCAUCGCAGCCAUGAGUACCAGGCGCAGAUACGUCCGAGUGGCCACGCUGGAUGGCAGUCUUUAUGCAGUCGGGGGAUACGACAGUUCCUCACAUCUUGCUACAGUAGAGAAGUAUGACCCACAGAGUAAUUCGUGGACCGCCAUAGCCAACAUGCUGAGUCGGCGAAGCAGCGCAGGGGUGGCAGUGCUCGAGGGCAUGCUCUACGUCGCUGGGGGCAACGAUGGAACCAGUUGUCUUAACUCCGUAGAGAGGUACAAUCCUAAAACCAACACGUGGGAAGGAGUGGCCCCCAUGAACAUCCGCAGGAGCACCCAUGACCUGGUUGCAAUGGACGGCUGGCUGUAUGCAGUCGGCGGUAAUGACGGCAGCUCCAGUCUCAACUCCAUCGAGAAGUACAACCCACGCAGCAACAAGUGGGUGGCGGCAUCCUGCAUGUUUACGCGACGCAGCAGCGUGGGAGUGGCUGUCUUAGAGCUGCUCAACUUCCCUCCACCCUCCUCCCCCACCCUCUCCGUCUCCUCCACCAGCCUUUGACAAAGAGUCAAGACUCGGCUGAGCUCCAGUAGCCUGCCCUGCGUGGCGAAGAGACGGAACUGCUCGGUGUGAGGUCUAGCAGGAGGCCUGAUGGAGGCGAG